AUGAGCGUUGCAACGGCUGGUGCUGCCGUGAGCACGCAGCACCAUCAACCAACUGCGGAACAAAUUCGUCUUGCUCAAUUGAUUGACAAUAAGAAACAUAAUGAUCCUGAAGUUCAAAAAAUCAUUCGUAAAGUUCUUGACGUUGUAGAAAAUUCCAAUCAAGAAGACGCCCUUGUCGCUCUAUUUGAUUGUGAUUAUGAUUACGAAAAAGCUGUUGCAUUACUUAUUGAAAAAGGUCAUGACAUAGCCAACGAAUGGCGAACAGCAACUAAUCAUAAAGUGACUAAGAAACAACAGCAACAAAAAGGUGCGGCAACAAAAAACGGUCAUGAAGAAUUGAGUGAGAAUGGACAACAACGAGGAAAUAAUAAUUCAGCUCCUCGUGGUAAAACUCGUGGUGGACGAUCAAAAUUUCAACAGAAUGGAGGCGACUCUCACAAUGCUACUACUGGUAACAAUAAUCAACAGCAAAAUGAUAAUGAUAUGCCACAACAAAGACAACGAGGUGGAAGUGGAUAUCGAGGUCGAAAUCGAGGUAAUCCACGAGGCAGCUUUCGCGGAACUGAUAGAAAUUAUCAACCACAUCAGCAACAGCAAACACAAGAUUCGAAUGUUGAUGCUUCAUCACCGUCAGAUACAAAUCGACGUAAUAAAGGUGCUGCUUCGAAUCCGAAAUCACAGCAAGAUCAAUGGGACGUUGGUAAUUGGAAUGGUGAAACAUUAAUCAUCUCAAGGACAACGAAGGAUGAAGAACAACAGGCAUCUGCGACUGCAGACAGCUCAUCUGUUGUACACAAUGGUCAAUCGGAUGUGGCACAUCCAGAUCAAUCGACAACAAAAUUUGAUUUCAUAGAAGCAGCUCGUCAGAUCAAGGAUGUCAUUGGUAUUGGUCAGGCACCAAAAUCCUCUAUACCUGAUCAACAACAAAAAUCAAAAGCUACUGGUCAACCAAUCAACACAAAAGUCACUCCACCACCACCAUCAUCGUCAUCGUCACAGCCAACAGCACAAACUCAGCAACGUAUUCCACAUCAGCCCGUCAUUUUCUCUGAUCAUUUCGAUGGUGGAAUGCAUAAAAUCGAUGUACAGUUUGGUAAUCUAGGUGAAUCUUAUGAUGAUGCAUCAGCAGUAUCGACAGCACCGUUUUACCAGCCAACAGGAUCAAUACCAACGAACAAAGUUUCUCAACAACGACCAAUGGAACAGUCAGCACAUAUUUCACCAUCGACUCGUUCAACCGAACAACCGGUGAUGAAUCAACAACGAAUAUUACUCACACAAGUUCAACAGCCAGCCAUGGCAAUAAAAUCAGUUGUUCCACCUCAAUACACUGUUCACCCGCAACAACAUCAAGCGAACACACAGAAUAUGCUUUUACAGUCAUUACUUUUUCAUCAACAACAGCAACCCGAGCCAGUAACAUUAGAUGCAUCCUACGAUCCAAACGCAUUUCCAUUGUCAUCACUUGACUUCAGCUCGCCAUAUAUCAUGGCAGCAAUGAAUGCAGCAGCAGUACCACAGCAACAAACUCAAGCGCGCUAUAUGGUUCCGCAACCACCCCCAGCGCCACAACAAACGUCAACAAAAACUGCUCAGACACAACCUGUUUCAACAACAGCACCAUCGACUGGCGCCAAAAAAGCACCAGCAGUUCCACCAGGGAUGUUUCCAUCGACAGUACCACCUCCCUUGCCACAGACAGCGUAUCCAACACCAUAUGGUGUUCAACAGCAGACAGGUGGACCAGCGUUCUCAGCACCAUACGACGCCGAACAUUUAUUUACAAGCUCAUUUAUGCAAUUGAAUAACUCGCAGCAAACUCAAUCGCCAACAGGUGGAUAUGGAUCAGUUACACCACCUGUUCAACAACACAAUCAACCACAACAGACAAAUAGCAAUAACGAUAGCAAAGCAAUGGGCUACCGAGGACCAGUGACAGAAAAUCUCAUGUUAAUGCAACAAUUAAAUCUUCAACAGACGAACAGUCAACAACAUGGUCAACAAGCAGCUGCACAUUCACCAAUGAAUUUUUUCCUUGGUCAUCCAGCUGGUGGUUCAAACUAUUCAUCUGGUCCACAACUUGUAUACGCACCAGCAGCAGCAGCAGCUAUGACUCAGCAACAGCCACAGCAAUUCUCGAAACAACAAGGUCAACAAUACAAUCAACAUAAUUCAUCAGCAGGUAUGGGAGGCAAUGAAGAAUAUUAUGGUCGUGGCUCGUCAUCGUCUAACAAAGAAGGACAAUACAUUUAUGCAACAGCUACUCAACCACCGCAUAUUUCGGCACAAUCGGCUGCUCAACAACACGGCGUAAACAAACAACAGCACCAAUCGCAACGUACUGGUGGAAAUGUUUAUAAUAAUCAACAAGGUCAACAACGUCCAUAUCAAUAA